UUUAUUUUUAUAACUUUAUUUAUGGCUUAGUUAUAGCUCUUUAUGUGUUUUUGGUUAUCGCCAUUUUGUGGGCGUGGCAGUGGUCCGAUUCCGCCCAUCUUCGAAAUUAAUCUUCUUAUGGUGCCAAGGAACACGUGUUCCAAGUUUCAUUAAGAUAUCUCAAUUUUUACUCAAGUUACAGCUUGCACGGACGGACAGACGGACAGACGGACGUACGGACAGACAGACAUCCGGAUUUGAACUUUACUCGUCACCCUGAUCACUUUGGUAUAUAUAACCAUAUAUCUAACUCGUUUAGUUUUAGGACUUACAAACAACCGUUAUGUGGACAAAACUAUAAUACUCUCUUUAGCAACAUUUGUUGCGAGAGUAUAAUUAAUCGAUAUCGCCACACAGCUUUAAACAUGGAAGACUUCCAUUUAUAUGGUAGUUAAAUAUGUAUAUAACAUUUACCAAAAUACUAUACAAUCUUCAAGUCGUUAAAAACUACUAUCUGAUUCACUUAAAAUAAGCUACGACUAUUAUAUUUUAUGUUGCAAGAUAGUUGUUGAACCGAACUGCAUAGUUUUCCAUUUGCCUCCACUCUAAUAAAGCAGUUUGAAUUCAACUUAUUAUGCAUCUAGAAGAUUUUCAACUUCUGCGCAGCAUCGUUUAAUGUAUACGUAAAUGCAGGGCACAGGGACACCCACAUAUCCAGCCGGCCGUUGGUUGCAUAAAUGACAUGCAUACGCACCUUCUGUCACAUUGCCGGGUAUUAUUCUAGGUACAAUAUGGUGGUGCGGCGAUUAUGUAUUCCAUGCAGGUCAAUUUUGUGCUUUGAAGAUUUGCAACGAGUUAACAGUGUCUUUGGUUUAAUUAAAUGCACAGAAUCUACGCAUCGUUGAGCUUUUGAAUUGGAAACUGUCAAGUUUUCCUUUAUUCCUCAAUAAAAUAAUUUUUUUUUUGUAUUCUUGAAACAUAUUUACAUGUAAGCUGGCCAAGUGAUUUGCUGACCAGUUUCUGGGUAUAUAAGUUGGUGAGUACUAGUCAGCGUCCUUUUAGUCGUCGCCAUUGCAUGAUAACGGUAGUGAUAUUUGCUAAAACGGUGCUCAGUGAGUUGAAGUUUUAGUGUUUUUGUUUACAAAUUUAUUCCGAAAUUUUAACGUUCUGCCUGUGCUUCCAUGAGCGCUACUGACAAUAGAUGAGAGUGGAAAUGCCUUAUAAAUUGCAUACUUAUCUAAUUUUUUUGUGCAUACUCAUUCUAAAAUUGCACGAACCAAUGACGACAUGCGCCCUGCAUACAAAAUACUUCAACAUACCGAUGGAGGAUCCGUUCUAUGAACUGGAACCAAAAGGGCUUUUCGAAAACAAACGUUCGAUGACCUGCGAUUCGUGUGGCAAUGAAUGUACGAAUGCUUGUGGUACGAAAAAUUUUCGUACCUGUUGCUUCAAUUAUUUGCGUAAACGAAACGAUCCCAGCGCCAUGAAAUCGAUCAGUAAUAAGCGACUCAUCGACUUCAUACUUCUGCAAGGUCGCGCCGCUAUGUAUACCUUAGAUGAGCAUAAUAACAGCGAUGGCAUAGGCAUCGAAGGUAAAGGUAAUGAUGGUCAUCGUGCAGACUUGGACUCAGAUGAGAACACCUAUGAUGUCACUGGCAGUGGCAGGCGAAUGGGCAGAGGCUCCAAUUUUCCGAACAGAGUCGUGUAAAGUGGAGUCGACAAAUUUUGAGAUAUUUCAGAAAUAUUUCUAGUUCAAAAAAAAUCUGCUGCUUGAAAUGUUGUUUUUAUAGUGAAUAAAUAGCAAUUGCUUUCUAAAAAGCGUGAAAUAUGAGGUAUAUUUUUUAUAUUGGAUACAUGUUAAAUGCUAGUUAAGCUCCGCAUUUUACUAAAAAAUAGUUUUGCCCAAUAUUACGAGCUAGUUGAGAACAGAAUUGUCAAGAUAUUCGAAGAUCUGCUAUCCAAUAUAUCUAAUUAUAUAUUGUGAGAUAUGAUAUCCUAUUUAGAUUGACAAGUAAUCUCGAUAUGUUUUUUUAACUCUAGAUACAUUAGUGACUAUUCUUCUAUGAAAGAAGAUUCGAUAUGAAGUAAUCUCGAUAUGUUUAUUUAACUCUAGAUACAUUAGUGACUAUUCUUAUAUGAGAGAAAAUUCGUUAGGUUUUUGAUUUUAUAUCAAUUGCAUAAGUUUUAUUUUGCUUACAAUUCUUUUUUUUUGUUUUUUUUAAGUUGCAGUUCCUUUAAAUAUUUCACUAAAUAUAAUAAGCUACUCUGACAAUCCGGAAACUCCGGAAAGACCAGAGACACCUAAAAUUACAGUUAGAAUAAAUAAAACAUUGAAGUGAGAGAGAGAGGAAUUAUUUGAGUACGUUUUAGCAGAUAAAGAGUUGGACCAGGGAUGAGAAAUCUGACAACCAAAAACUAGCAUUUCAUGUAUUUUUUCAUGACUCAUCCUUCUUUUCACUUUGCCACAAACCUCUUCUGCUAAACCGUUGCUUGUCGUUUUUCGAUUUUUUUUUUGUUUUUUUUUAUGUAUUAUUUUGUUUUCGUUUUUUCUCGUUGCAGGUCGACGUUUUAUCAUCCGCUUUGUUAAUUAUUGUUGAUACAAGAUGUUUAGCUAAAUAUUUACACACACUAGGUGC